AUGAAUUGUCUUUUGCAGUUUACCGCCGAGCCGUUGCCUGAACCAAGACAAAUCAAGUUGGACUUGACGGAGGCGUCAAUCGCCGUGGACACGAUGUUCCAAAGCUUGAGUUUAAUCAGUCCGGGAGCAGCGGAUAGCUUGUCUGCGUAUUUAACGGAGGUAGAGAGAUACGAAACAGGUAGGCGGAUUAAUGAAGUUGACCAUAUAUUUUUUUUUCAGAACCCCUAAAUCAGAUGUUUGAGCGAAUUCGAUCAAAGGCGUCGCUCAACGGGCACAUUGGAAACAGUAUUCCCGUCAUAGAUCCAAACGAAGCAAUUUUGGGUAGAGUUAUGUCAAAGAAGAACUUUUUGGCUUCCAAUCACACCCUGGACCAGUUGAGAGCUAAACUCGCGGGCUUGGUGAGUUUGAAAUGUGUACAAUGUUAUGAUGAAUAUACGAUUUUCAGCUAAAACGAAGUGUAUUUCACAAAAAUCCCCGACGAUACACCAAGGAAAUAUCGAAUUUGCGCUCCGUGAUCAGGAAACUCAUCAAAAGAAGGAAGAUUUGGAGAAACCACUUCGACCCAAAUUGGGACGAAGUCACGAAGGAGGCAUGGGAAAAUGAACCAAGAUCAAUCCAAGAAAUAGAGGAUCACAUCUUGGCUGAAACGAUGGAAGAGCUGACACCCGGGGAUGCGGCUUCGCUGGCGACAUACGAGCUGAUUUCAAGAAAGAAGCCUGCAGAUCUGGCGGCGAGGUUGGUCCGAGCACUAGGCGAAGAAGACCUCAAGGAAUUCGCGAAAUGUGGACUGAAGAGAAAAGUGAAGGACAUUUGGCGUCCUGAGUCCAACAAAACGAUGAUUCAGGGAAUACCAGAGGAUGGCGACGAAACCAAAGACGCCGCAGAGGAAGAGGAGCGUUAUCUUCACGAGGUGGAAGCCGCUUACGGACCCGAGAUCGGCCUACUUGUUCUGGACAAUGAUGUGGAGCAACCUGGACCUUCCCAUGCUCCCCCCUCCCAACGAAGAGGUCGACCAAGACGUGUGGCUGCUUCACAGCAGCAAAAUUCGCAGCGCGCACGCGCAACACGAGGACGUCCAAAUCCACAAUCUCAAGCACCCCGUCUUUUCGAGGAAGUUGAGACCCAGAAUGAAACGGAUGAUGUGGAAUCGGUUGUGAGCUCGAUGCGAAGUUCGCGAAGGGCGAUCAACAGGCCCGGCAGAUACUCGCCGGACCCGUAUUAA